AUGGCUCAAACACAAGAGAAAUACGAUAUUGUCAUCGUGGGCGCAGGCCCUGUUGGUAUUCUUUUGUCCCUGUGUAUGUCACGAUGGGGUUACAAGGUUAAGCACAUCGACAACCGCCCAGUUCCCACUGCCACAGGUCGCGCCGAUGGUAUCCAGCCUCGUUCCACUGAGAUUCUCCGUAACCUCGGCCUGAAGCGCCAGAUCAUGGCCUACAAGCCCGCUAAGGUUUACGAUGUCGCAUUCUGGGAUCCUCUCCCCGGCGAACAAGGUAUCCAUCGCACUGGCAGUUGGCCUAGUUGCCCACGUUUCAUCGACACCAGAUAUCCUUUCACAACCCUUGUUCACCAGGGAAAGAUCGAGCGGGUAUUUUUGGACGAGAUUGAAAAGGCCGGUACCACAGUCGAGAGACCCUGGACUAUUACCGGAUUCAAGAAUGAUGGCUUGGACGAGACAUACCCCGUCGAGGUGCAGCUGAAGUGCCUUGACACCAACGUCAUCCAAACAGUUCGCUCUAAGUACCUCUUUAGCGGUGAAGGAGCCCGGAGUUUUGUCAGACAGCAGCUUGGUAUCCAGAUCCAUCACAAGGAUCCUAUCUCUUAUGUGUGGGGUGUUAUGGACGGUGUUGUGAGGACAAACUUCCCUGAUAUUGAGACCAAGUGCACAAUCCACUCCGACGCUGGUUCGAUCAUGGUGAUUCCCCGUGAGGACAACAUGGUCCGUCUGUAUGUCCAGAUUGCUUCAUCCUCGGACCCCGACUUCAACCCAAGAAAGACGGCGACUGCGGAGGAAGUCCAAGAGGUUGCGAAGAAGAUUCUGAAGCCAUACUGGGUUGAAUGGGAUCGCGUAGAGUGGUACUCUGUCUACCCUAUUGGGCAGGGUAUCUCCGAGAAAUAUACCCUGGACGAACGAGUCUUCAUGGGCGGUGAUGCCUGCCACACCCACAGCCCCAAGGCCGGCCAGGGUAUGAACACUGCAUUCCACGACGCUUUGAACAUGGCUUGGAAGCUCCAUGCUGUCGAAUCUGGACUCGCCGAUCGCUCCAUUUUGAGCACUUACGAGACUGAGCGCAAGGACAUUGCAGAGACUUUGUUGAACUUUGAUGCGAAAUACGCUUCGCUGUUCUCCAAGCGUCGUCCCACUGCUGGAGAGGUUGGCUCUGCUAGCCAUGCCACCGUUGCGUCUGGCGGUGAAGAGGAGGAUGAGUUUGUUAAGACCUUCAAAUCAUCAUGCGAAUUUACCAGCGGUUACGGUGUUGCCUACAAGCCCAACAUCUUUAACUGGGAUUCUAGCCACCCGGCCAAGUCGUCUCUGUUCGAAGUUCCCGGCGUGAGACUGGCCGCCGGACGCGCUUUCACGCCGUCGACAGUUACUCGACUGGCAGAUGCCAACUUUGUGCAUUUGGAGCAAGAGGUGCCAGCCAAUGGUGCAUUCCGUAUCUUUAUCUUCGCAGGUAAACAGGAGAAGACAAAGAAGGCCAUCACAGACCUUGCGGCAAACCUGGAAAAGGAGCGCUCGUUCCUGUCGGUCUACCGCAGACCCGAUAUUGCUGAUGUUUCAUUCUUUGAGCGUCACCAGCCUCACUCCAAGCUCUUCACCCUCUGCCUGGUGUACGCUGCGCAGAAGAACCAGGUUGACAUGGAGGCUGUGCCCCAGAUUCUCCGCGAUUACCACCACCACAUCUAUGCGGACGACAUCCCCGACGUGAGAGUCCCUAAUGCCAAGUUCGCCGCACACGAGAAGCUUGGCUUUGACCCCGAGAAGGGAGGUGUGGUUGUCUGCCGCCCAGACAGCCAUGUUGCCUGUACCGUGCAGUUGGUCGAAGGCAGCGGCACCGCGGAUGCCCUGAACGCCUACUUUAACGCUUUCUCAACCAAGCCGUUGGGCCAGGACCAACAGCAAAGCCGUCUUUGA